UACUGUAAAAAUUUUUAAAUUUUCCAAUCAAAUUCGGUAAUGGCCAAUAGAUGGCGAUCGAUACAGUGAAAAGGCGUUUUGAAACCAUAUUCAUUCCUAAAAAAAAUGGCACUUACACGUGGUAAAUUAAUUGCCGUUAUUGGUGAUGAAGAUACAUGUGUUGGAUUUCUAUUUGGUGGUAUUGGAGAAGUGAAUCGCAGUAAAACACCAUCACAUAAUUUUCUUGUUGUCGAAAAGAAUACAUUGCCUUCGGAAAUUGAGGCAACAUUCCAAGCAUUCGUUAAACGUGAUGAUAUCGAUAUCAUUUUGAUCAAUCAAAAUAUCGCUGAAAUGAUUCGUCAUGUGAUUGAUGCACAUACGGCACCAAUACCGGCCAUAUUGGAAAUACCAUCCAAAGAUCAGCCAUAUGAUCCACAAAAAGAUUCCAUUUUACGUCGUGCAAAAGGUCUUUAUUCAGCUGAUGAAUAUCGAUGAACUUACACACACACACACACACUAUUAUUCACACAUGCUAGUCGCUAUUUAUGAUAUCCAAGAAAGAGAGAAUA